GAUGUUGGAGGGUGGAUGUUGAGGCCAUCUUGCACCGAGUGAGGCCUGAGGCCUGAGGCUGGCCAUGAGCUUUCUGUGGGCGCUGGCGGGGAGAUGCAGAUGGCAGCCAGCACAGUGCUUGGUUCCCACCAUUUCACCGAACCCCAGCCAUCGGACAGUGUGUAGCUCCGCUCUGUGCCAGCCAUCUGGCCUCCUGUACCCUCCUGCAGGGCAACGAGCGGACACGGCUGGUGGCUUUGCCCCCUGGAUCUUCCCCUGGAGCCGGCAGCAGGUCCGCACGAAGAAGCGGGGCACCGAGUACCAGCCGAAGUUCAUCAAGCGACUGCGGACACACGGCUGGCAGAGGCGCAUCAGCACCCGUGCCGGCAUCGAGCUGAUCUUGCGCAGGAUGCUGAAGGGUCGGAAAUCGCUGACCCACUGACCACAGACGGCCUGUGACCUGCUGCUCUCUGUCUGCCUUGUAUAUAUUGUAUAAAAUUCUUGGCCUGAA